AUGGUCAAGGUUCUGUGCGUCCUUUACGAUGGCGGCGAGCACGCCAUGAAAGCCUGUUUCGGCGACAAGGACACCAAGAAGCCCGAGCCCCUCCUUGGCACUAUCCAGGGCGAACUUGGUCUACGGGCCUGGCUCGAGAGCCAGGGCCACACCCUUGUCACCACCUCGGACAAGGAGGGAGCAAACUCCAAGUUUGACCAGGAGCUCGUCGACGCCGAAGUCAUCAUCACUACCCCCUUCCACCCCGGCUAUCUCAACGCCGAGCGUCUCGCCAAGGCCAAGAAGCUCAAGCUCGCCAUCACCGCCGGCAUCGGCUCCGACCAUGUCGACCUCAACGCCGCGAACAAGACCAACGGCGGCGUCACCGUCGCCGAGGUCACCGGGAGCAACGUCGUCUCCGUCGCCGAGCAUGUCGUCAUGACCAUCCUUGUCCUCCUCCGCAACUUUGUUCCCGCUCACGAGCAGAUCGAGCGCGGCGACUGGCAGGUCGCCUCCGUCGCCAACAACGAGUAUGAUCUCGCCAAGAAGGUCGUCGGUACCGUUGGUGCCGGCCGUAUUGGAGAGCGUGUCCUGAGGCGCCUCGCACCCUUCGAGUGUGCCGAGCUCCGUUACUUUGAUUACCAGCCCAUGCCCGACGAUGCGGUUAAAGCUACGAAAUGCGUCCGUUAUGAGAACCUCGAGGAGAUGUUGAAAGGUUGCGAUAUUGUCACCAUCAACUGUCCGUUGCACGAGAAGACGAAAGGGUUGUUCAACAAGGAACUGAUCUCCAAGAUGAAACCGGGAUCCUACCUCAUCAACACCGCCCGCGGAGGCAUUGUUGUCAAGGAAGAUGUCGCCGAAAUGCUCAAGUCUGGCCACCUCGCCGGCUACGGCGGCGACGUCUGGUUCCCACAACCUGCUCCGAGGGAUCAUCCUCUGCGAACGGCCAAGAACAUCUAUGGCGGCGGCAACGCCAUGGUUCCUCACAUGUCCGGCACCUCGAUCGAUGCGCAAGAACGCUACGCCAACGGCACCAGGCUUAUUCUCGAGAGCUAUCUCUCUGGCAAGCACGACUAUCGGCCCGAAGACCUGAUCGUUCACAAUGGCGACUACGCCACCAAGGCAUAUGGACAGCGAAAGUGA